UCCUUGCACUACCGCUUCAGCGAACGUGGGAGCCCAUCCGUUAUGGUCAAGCAGCAGCAGGAUCCAGAGGCGGAUGCUUUUCCUUUAAGGGAGGGGUGGGAGCAGCUCCGGGACAGGAGGCGCGGUCUGGGCGGGGCUGAGUUCUAGGCCACCAGGCGAGACUUGGCCACGUGCUUCCUGAGUCACCCGCAAACGAGAGCAGGACCCUCUUGGCUCUCCGUCUGCUCGGCGCAGCGAUGUCCGGGGCGUCCGCCAGGAGCCUGGGGAAGGGAAGCGCGCCCCCUGGCCCGGUCCCGGAGGGCCAGAUCCGAGUCUACAGCAUGAGGUUCUGUCCCUUUGCUCAGAGGACGCUGAUGGUCCUGAAGGCCAAGGGAAUCCGGCAUGAAAUCAUCAACAUCAACCUGAAGAAUAAGCCCGAGUGGUUCUUUGAGAAGAAUCCCUUUGGGCUGGUGCCGGUUCUGGAGAACACUCAGGGUCACUUGAUCACUGAAUCUGUCAUCACUUGCGAGUACCUGGAUGAAGCAUACCCGGAGAAGAAGUUAUUCCCAGAUGACCCGUACGAGAAAGCUUGCCAGAAGAUGACCUUUGAGUUAUUCUCAAAGGUGCCGUCUCUGGUUACGAGUUUUAUUAGGGCGAAGAGAAAGGAAGACCAUCCGGGCAUAAAGGAAGAACUGAAGAAAGAGUUCAGCAAGCUAGAAGAGGCUAUGGCUAAAAAGAGGACAGCCUUCUUCGGUGGGAAUUCGCUCUCAAUGAUCGAUUAUCUUAUUUGGCCGUGGUUUCAGCGACUGGAAGCACUGGAGCUCAAUGAGUUCUUUUUGUCGGAGCUGGGGACCGAACCCAGGGCCUUGCGCUUCCUAGGUGUAUAGACCACACCCCAAAACUCAAGCUCUGGAUGGCAACCAUGCAGGAAGACCCCGUGGCAUCAUCCCACUUCAUUGAUGCCAAGACCUACCGUGAUUACUUAAGUCUCUACCUACAGGACAGCCCCGAGGCCUGUGAUUAUGGGCUCUGAGGGGCAAGAGCCCUCAGCGAAUGAUGUUUUCCUUCAUCGAUUGAAUAGCAUGCUUUUAUUUUACCCAUUA